ACCCUUCCCCUUCCCCAAAGGCCAUAAAAUCUAUGACUCAUGCCAAUGUUACACAGAACAACCUAAGCCGUUAAAAGUAGUGCCACGCCUCCGCCUCGACGGAAAGAGAAAAAAACCCGUCUCCGUGUGAUAACGACUCUGUCCGUGUAGUCUUCUUCUUUCUCCGCGUAACUGAUCAAACCAUCAAAAUAUCUUUUUCUUUGAUUUACAGAGAGAGAUGGGUAACACUCAAUCACCUGAAUCAGAUCCUCGCUUCGUUUCAGCUCGUCGAGCUUUCACGCAACAUUACUUGGACGAUCUCAGAUCCUUAUUUCAAUCUCUAGCUGCUCAAUCUCAGAGCAAUUCUAAAUUCAUCUCUCCCUCUAUUUUCCAGGAGUAUUGUGGAAUUAAGGGACCACUGGGGCAAAUAAUGUUUGAUUUGGUUACACAGAAGAGGAAUGAUCAGAAACUCACAUUCGAGGAUCUUGUUAUUGCUAAAUCAGUUUAUGAGAAAGGAACACGGAAUGAGAUUGAUGAGUUCAUUUAUCAGUUAUUGGAUGUAAAUGGUGACGAUAUAGUGGACAGGUCUGACUUGGAAGCGGUUAUAACGGCAAUGCUUGAUGCUGUUUUUUCUUCAAGUGAUGCUGGACCUGUAUCGAGUUCACCUCAGGGCAUCAGUGACAUAUUUCUCAAUGCUGCAACAUUUUCAGACAAGGUUGAAGGCCAUGACAAAAGUAAUAUGUCUUUUAAGGAUUUUAAAAGUUGGUGUAGUCUUCUCCCAUCUGUGCGGAAGUUUCUUGGAAGCUUGUUAAUGCCUCCUAAUCCAGGGAAGCCUGGUAUUGAAGUACCUCGACUACUGUAUCCGGAAGAUACAAGCGCUGAUUUGCUCAUAUUAAGGAGAGAAUACGCUUGGCACAUAGCAGGAGCUCUUUCUCAACAUGAAGCAGAAGAGUGGAAGCUUUUGUACCAUAGUUCGCUACAUGGUCUUAGCUUUAACACAUUCAUGGGCAACAUAACAAUGGCAGAAGGGCCAACAUUGCUGAUUAUUAAAGAUAAGGAAGGGUGCAUAUAUGGAGGCUACGCAUCUCAGCCUUGGGAAAGGCAUAGUGAUUUCUACGGGGACAUGAAAUCUUUUCUCUUUCAGCUAUUUCCGCAGGCCUCGAUAUACCGUCCAACUGGAGCAAACACUAAUUUGCAAUGGUGUGCCAUUAGUUUCAGUUCAGAAAGCAUCCCUAAUGGACUCGGCUUUGGAGGAAAAGUACACCAUUUCGGGCUAUUCCUGUCGGCAAGCUUUGAUCAGGGGCAGACAUUCUCCUGCACAACCUUCGGCAGCCCGUGUCUUUCCAAGGAGAGCAGGAUAUAUCCAGAAGUAAUAGAAUGUUGGGGAGUUCUGCCCAACGGAGGGCAGAAGGACAAACAAGAUGUUCUCAAAGGUACUGUUUUGGACAGGUUUAAGGAGGACCGGAAUAUGCUGAACUUGGUGGGUAUAGCAAAUUCUAUCCAGUAGCACACUGCUCUAUCUGUAAACACAUCCAGUUUAUAUUUCUCUUACACUUUUUGCAUGCUUCUAGUAUCUCCUUGUUCACAUCGGAAGGUACAAGAUUCAGUUUUGUGUGUAUACUUACAUAUCUCCUUUUCUGGGGUUAUUGUUGUAAAGAAUUCAGUGUUUUUCUGUGUAUUUAUUCAAAUCUACAAUGUAAAAAGUUCAUAUGAUUACCAGUCUUUCUUUCCCCAAGUUUGUUA